AUGCUGCUUGCCGAGGGCAGCCAGGGUUCAGGCAAAACCGUCGCUGGCAACCGCUGGCUCCAGGGCCGGAAGACCUUCAGUGGUGUUCGAGGAUCACAGGAGAUGUGUGGACCAGGUGAUUCAAGCGGCACCUACCUCAUCAGAAUCUUCAUAGAGCAAGGAGUCCGUCAUCAGGUUGGAGUUGCCAGCCGCGCAUGCUGCGAUCAAUCGACGCAGUCAGGGAAUGGUACACAACUGCGGAAGAACUUCGCUGCUCUCGCUUCGGCGCCCCGGGGCUGGGAGGCCCAGAGAGGGGCUGCGACACCGGCGGAGGAGCCUGGAGUGAGUUGGUUUGACGGUUCCUGGGAUGGGCCGCGAGCAGUGACAAUGGUAGUCUCUUGCCUGAAGCGCUCCUUCACCCUGGGCCUGGAUGGCGGCGAUGACUUCCUGGGGGAGAUGCUCUGGCCAGACACCUGGGGUGGUGUCUAUACCUUCGUCGGUGGAAUCGAUGGGGACCACAUCUACCGAGUCGAGUGGGCUGCUGCAGCAUCUUGGUCGCUGUUCGUUUCGUGA